AUGAGCUCAACGGCAAACAGGGGGACUGGCCUCGACGGGCUGGAGAUCCGUAGUGACGGCGGGAGAUCUCCCGCCGCCACCUGGAGGCCGGCGACCCUGGCGGUCUCCGCUCUUCCCGAGGGGCCCCUGGCCCAGCCCCCCGCCCCGCCCCAUGCCUUCAUUCACGAGGGGGGCGGCGCGACGGCUCGUCCACUCGCCGCCCGAUGGAAGGCGCGGCUGGGCGGCCGCCAGGGGGAAGCCAGCCCAGCCCAGUCCGCCCAGCCCAGCCCAGCCCAUUCGACGCCGGGCGGCCGGGCGUGCGGGCAGCUGCGCCGCGAGGAGCGCACGGAGCGGAGCGGAGCGCACGGGCUGAGCGCCCCUCCAGUCCCCGGCUGGUGCCGAGCGGAGCGCAGCAAGCAGCCCAGCCCAGCCCGGACGGCAGCAGCAGCCGCCGCCGCCCGCUGCGGCCCGGGACCCGCCGGCCAUGGGGCGCCCCGCCUGAAACGACGGCGGGACCCCCGCCGCGCCCCGAGUCCACGGGAUCUCCGGCGCACGUGUGGAAAGUCCAGCCCGCCCCCUUGGCCCAACUCGCGCGGGGAGGAAAGGAGGAUGGGAUUACCGGGCGAGAGGAAGGCAGGGCGGCCUUUGGCCAGGUGGACGGUGGGGCUCUUUUUCUUGGGCCAAGUUGCCUUCGGACUCUACUUUCCCAGGAAAGAGUAUCAUGAGAACAUCUACAUCGAUCAGCCGGUGGGGACGCCCUUACUGCGCCUCCAUUCCCUGAAAGACUCUGAGGAGGAGGAAGUCCACUUUGGAGUCUGCCCCGAUCUUGUCAUCCAAAGAGAUGGAGUUCAUAAAAACCUCUGGUUUCAAAUCCAAGAGAAUACUGGACUUCUCUUCCUCAACAGGAGUCUGGAGAAAGACUUGGAUAAAAUAUUCGGAGGAAGCUGGGCAGCAGCAUCGAAGCUGGUAUUCUUGGUUUUCCUGUCAUCUCAGCCUUUCCAAGGGAAAGAAUGUCAGAGUGCACCUCAAUAUAAUUUCUAUGCCAGAUUGCCACACCUGGCCUAUGCCAGGGUGACACUCUCCGUCCUCAAUGCCACCAUGCCCGCUUGCCGUUCCACAGCCCUGAGCCAGCUGUGUUUUGUGGAUGCGGACCUCUCUUUCCAAAUCAAGGAGAACAAACCGGCAGGGACCUUCCACCAGCUCCAGCUGCCUUCUCAACAGCAGCCGUGUCAGAACGUCAGCAUUUCAUACAAGGUGAUAGCAGACGAAUCUCUGCCAUUUCAUUAUGAUGAAAACACCAUGAGCAUCAGGGUGACGCAGUCCCUGGACCGGGAGAAGCGGGAGAAGUAUGAGCUGCUAGCCAAGUGCACAGUGAGAGUGGGUUCCACAGAGACUUUCCAAGAGGUGCCCUUGCUUGUAACUGUGCUGGACGAAGACGACAUGCCCCCUUUCCUUAUCAAUGGCACUAACACAGCUGAGGCAGUUGUGGAGUUCAGCAGGAAAGAGGGCACUAUCCUAGCAACAUUGAUGGUCUAUGAUGCAGAUACCACCCCUAUUUUCCCACUUGAGAGUAGCAGGAAGAAGUACACUGGCACUAUCAGUACAUCUGAUCCAUGGAUAAAAGAAACGUUUCGUGUGGAGCAUAAAUUCAAUGAGAUCUAUUUCAGCCCAAACGGCAGCCAAGUGAGAGGAACCCAACAUGAAUACAAACUGGUGUUAAAUAAAGUUGUUUCGAUUACCGAAAACCGCUCCUUUCAGCUGGAUGUUGUCGUUAAUGACACAGAAUACCAGGGGCCAGACAAAUCCCUCAUGCUCCACUUCAACGUCUCCAUUCUUCCAGUCAGUAUCCAGUUUCCAAAUACCACAUACCAGUUCACGGUGAACAGAAAUGCUGCCAACUUUUCACAAAUAGGAAAAAUCUGCAUCAACAAUUGCAUGAAGUUUUGGGGCAUCAAUAUCAUAUACAGCUUACAACCCCCAAACAUCAGCUGCUACACCGUGAAGAUCGCCCAAAGUCAUGAAGACAAGUAUGGACGCCUCUAUGUGAACGAUUCUACUGUGCUACGGAGGCCCGAAUGCAAAGAAGUCCAGUACCCGGUCCUAGCUGUAGAAAAACAGAGCAAGAAAGAAGCCCACACCUAUCUCACGAUCGUCUUGGAUGGAAAACUUAUACAUAAUGACGAAGGCUGCUUGGACUCAUGUGCUAGGAGCAAGUCCAGAUCUGAGUGCGAAGAGUGCGGCGGCCUUGGAGUGCUGAAGGGAAGGUGUGAGUGGAGAAAGGGAAGUGGGACAGGAAUUACUCCAAACUAUUCCACUUGCAGUCCAAGCAUCGGUACUUGCCCAGAUGGGAAAUGUGAUGCAGUUGAGAUAAAGGAUACGAGGAUAUGCCCUCAGGAUUGCACAAGAACCAACAUCGUUGGUGGCCAUGAGAAAGGUCCUACCGGAAUCAAGGCAGGAAAUGGAAUUUGUUACUGCUUCCCGGACGAAAAUUGUUAUUGCGAGAAGGACGAUAUCAAAGAGCCAUUGUGCGACGAUAUGUGCAAAACCGUGAUCGCCGGGGGCGUCCUGCUCUCCUUCAUCAUUUCAGUGCUCCUUUCCUCCUACUUCAUCCAUCGCUAUCACAAAAACUCUCCAAAGCCGCCUAUCGCCUCAGCAGAGAUGACCUUCCGGCGCCCGGCCCAGUCCUACCCUAUAAGCUACUCAUCAACUAAUGUCCGACGACCAUCAAUGGACUCUGAGAACCAAGGGUCGGUAGAUGCUUUCAAAAUACCUGAGGAUCCGAAGUGGGAAUUUCCUCGGAAGAAUCUGGUACUCGGCAAGACGCUUGGAGAAGGGGAAUUCGGGAAAGUCGUCAAGGCGACCGCGUUCCGCCUCAAAGGGAAAGCUGGCUAUACAACGGUGGCUGUGAAAAUGCUCAAAGAAAAUGCCUCUCAAAGCGAGCUGAGAGACCUGCUUUCGGAGUUCAACCUUUUGAAGCAGGUCAACCAUCCACAUGUCAUCAAGCUAUAUGGAGCUUGCAGCCAGGAUGGGCCUUUAUAUUUAAUAGUCGAAUAUGCCAAAUAUGGCUCCUUGCGCAGUUUCCUGAGGGAAAGCCGGAAGGUGGGGCCCAGUUAUGUGGGCAGUGAUGCCAAUAGGAAUUCCAGCUACCUGGAUAAUCCAGAUGAGCGGGCCUUAACCAUGGGGGACCUCAUCUCUUUCGCCUGGCAGAUAUCUCGUGGGAUGCAGUAUCUGGCUGAAAUGAAGCUUGUACAUCGAGAUUUAGCAGCCAGAAAUGUGUUGGUGGCAGAGGGACGUAAGAUGAAGAUUUCUGAUUUUGGGCUGUCACGGGACGUUUACGAGGAGGAUUCCUAUGUCAAGCGGAGCAAGGGCCGGAUACCUGUCAAGUGGAUGGCAAUUGAAUCUCUUUUCGAUCAUAUCUAUACGACGCAAAGUGAUGUAUGGUCCUUUGGAGUUCUUCUUUGGGAGAUUGUCACCCUGGGUGGUAACCCUUAUCCGGGUAUUGCUCCGGAGAGACUGUUUAACCUCUUGAAAACAGGCUAUAGAAUGGAGAAGCCGGAGAACUGCAGUGAAGAAAUGUACAAUCUGAUGCUCCGCUGCUGGAAACAGGAACCGGAUAAAAGGCCGACAUUUGCAGAGAUCAGUAAAGAAUUAGAGAAAAUGAUGGUAAAAAGUAGGGACUAUUUAGAUCUUGCAGCUUCUACCCCUUCGGACUCCUUGCUUUACGAUGACGGACUCUCCGAAGAGGAGACACCCCUCGUGGAUUGUAAUCAUGCUCCCCUCCCUCGAACCCUCCCUUCCACAUGGAUUGAAAACAAACUCUAUGGCAUGUCAUACCCGAACUGGCCUGAGGAGAGCCCCGUCCCACUCACGAGAUGCGAUGGCCCUAUGUCUGUGUUUUCAAGAUAUGCAAAUGAUAGUGUAUAUGCUAACUGGAUGGUUUCACCCUCAGCGGCAAAAUUUAUGGACAAGUUUGAUAGUUAACAGUGUCUUGGUGAAAGGUAAAUGGACUCAGGAGGGGAAGUAGAUCUCCAAAGAGUGGCCCUCCCCUCGGCACAUUCUUUGUAUAAUAACUGGUUAUGGCAACAGGAGUUUCUCGAACGGGAAAC